GCAAAAGUUUUUUUUUUUCAUUCCAUUAACACCAACAUGUCCAACUUCGACAUCGAGCGCAUCAAGUCCAUGCUGGGUACCCAUGCUGACUUCCCCAAGGAGGGAAUCGUCUUCAAGGAUAUGUUCCCAGUUUUCCAAGACCCUACUGCCGUGGAAGCUCUUAUCACCAACAUUGUCUACCACUUGACCUCCACUCACAAGGAGAAAAUUGAUGUUGUUGUUGGUCUUGAUGCUCGUGGCUUCCUUUUCGGACCUCUGAUUGCCCUUCGUCUCGGUGCUGCCUUUGCUCCCGUUCGCAAGGCUGGAAAGCUUCCUGGCGACUGCGCUAGAGCCGUUUAUGCUAAGGAGUAUGGCGAGGAUGUCUUUGAGGUCCAAAAGAGCGCCAUCAAGCCCAAUGCCCGUGUUGUCAUUGUUGAUGAUUUGAUUGCCACUGGUGGCUCUGCUGGUGCCGCUGGUGAACUGAUCAAGAAGUGCGAUGCUAAGGUCGUUGAAUACGUCUUCGUCAUGGAAUUGGACUUUUUGAACGGUCGCAAGGCAUUGGAUGCCCCUGUAUACUCUCUCAUUCAUUUGUAGACCAACCAUGCUAUUUCUGUCGCAUUAAAUGUAUUCAUCAAAAGUUCAAGUUUGUAGCAUCACUUAAAGUAACGCAAGCAUAUGAUGGUGUAAUAUUGGUUUAAACUUGGGAAUAGGGAUGUGAAAGGCUUUAACAGAACAAGUGCAAGCAGCGAAGGUAUUACUGAAUAAGGUACUCAUGUAAACUAAAUUUGAAGGUCACUUGCCCCAUGAAAGUAUAAUGGGAGUAAUACAUAACAGCUUCUCGCCUCAGCCGGAGGCCCUUUGACGCCAAGUAACUUUGUUGUGGCCCUACUGAUAGGCUGUCUAUGAUAGCCACGCUGCGCUUUGGUAGAACAUGGGGC